CAGCCUGCUCAUUUGGUCAACAUGAAUGGAAACGAGGUUCCAACCAAGACUGAGGGCAUGGGAGCGCCCGCGCAGGCAAUGUGGACGACACCAAUCUCAGCGGGCAUGCGACCGCGCCCUGCAACCAUCCAUGAAGGCUUCUCGUACUGCAUGGAAGAGGGCUACGAUGCACUGCCAGCCUGGGACUCCUCGACCCUGCCAUUGCAACACCAACAGCAGCAGACACCAAGUGAUACCGUGUCGUCCAGACCCAUCUCUGUUCACCAAGAGUUUUAUCCUCCAACAAGCAUGGAGAACGGUGCGUUCUCCCCUCUCUUGACGCUGACGGUGGGCCUCAAAAAGGCUAACGAAUUGUGUUAUUUUACAGGCCAAUGGAUGCAGAAGCCCAUCGAGGACAGCCUGGAGAUGCAUGGGAUUGACGCCGAGAUGGCCAUUGGGCAGGCUUACACAACUGACGAAGCCAUACCCAUUCUCGAUCUGCGUUACUCUGGACACCCUGUCGAAGGUGAAUCCUUGAGCCUCGAGAAUGGAGUGAAUCCUCGACGUAUGUCAGGCUCGUCGUUCACCAUGUCCACCUCUGGUGGGCUCUCAGACAUGACAUCUUACGAGGACUUCUCAGCAGCUCUUUCCGACGCCCACUCGUUCACCUCGGACUACCCUCCGCCCUCGAACAGGAACUCUCUGAUGUCCUCAACGCAGCUAUCGCCAGUUGCUUCGCCGCGAAUGACACCACAGAGCCGUUCGGAGCUCGUGAGGACACACAGCAGGGGGCGUGCGUCGCCAUCGCCACGGCCAGGUAUGCGAUCUGCACCUUAUAGUGUGGAAGGCGGGAGGAACAAGCGCUGGUCCACUGGAUCUUAUGGGACCAUGUCUUCAACGAACCGACGACCCUCGCCCUUUGUCUACCAACACACACCUGAGGCUUACGGGCCACGCAUGCCAUCCAGGCAUUCCUCGCCUACCAUCCAGAAUGGGCAGAUGCCGCUGAACUUUGGCAACCUGCAGGCAACCCAGCAACAGCAACAAUUCUUCAUGGGACAUGCUCAUCCUGCUGCCUUCCAGCGCAACAGCAUGCUGCUGCCCUCGCAGCUACCGUCGCAAGGCUUCCAACAACACGACCAUCAUCAUCACCACUUCGAGACCCCACCACCACUGCUUUCUCAUGGACUGUUCCGCAUGCUCCAGAGCAAUGCCGAUCCCCACUCGCUACACGGCCACUACACCGAUCUGUCGGACCCGCCAGACCUGUAUGCUUCACUCCACGAAGAACAGAUCCCACCCCCUCCCGAGGAUAUGAACCCCUCGGAUCCAGAUAUGGUGCCUCAUGAGCAGGAACUGCGGUUCGACGGUGAUCUGUACACACCGAAGUGGGUGCGCGGGCACGGAAAUAAGCGCGAGGGGUGGUGUGGCAUUUGCAAGCCGGGGCGCUGGCUGGUGCUGAAGAACUCGGCCUUCUGGUACGACAAGAGCUUCACCCAUGGCAUCAGCGCCGCCACAGGCCAGCCGUUCCAGGAGCCACAGGAGACACGACGCAUGGAUGGGAACCCGGAUGUGUGGGAAGGGCUCUGUGGAAGCUGCAAUGAUUGGAUCGCCCUGGUCAGCUCAAAGAAAAAGGGCACGACCUGGUUCCGACAUGCUUACAAGUGCCACACUCACCCAAAGAUCAAGGACGCACCCAAGCGCAGGAGGGAGAACAGCCAUCAGCGGUUGGCGGCAGCAACCACAGCGAGGCCUAAGGUGGAGCCCGGCCAGCAACCACCGCCACCGUCACAACAACCUCCUCAGAACCCUAUGACGCCUGUCACUCCCUCGUCGGCGACCAACGCCUCCACCACGCCCACACUGGCGCACACCCAGCCCACUUCUCACCCUCGGCAGCAUCUGGAGCCUCCUCAACAUCACUACCAACAGUCCAUGGUGCCUCACCCGGCCCAUGUACAGCACGGGGACGCCGGCAUGAUGGACGGUUUCUCCAACAUGAUCUAA